CAAAACAAUACCUCGACUAUUUGCCUUGCAGACCUACCAAUAAAUAAGUAAAUAACGCCUUUUAGCAUAUCAAAUUCUUCAAAUCAAUUCUCAGUCUGUCCGCAACCUCCCCACCCUACAGAAAAAUUUAAAAAUGGCAUUGAGACCCAUUGAUAAUGCUCUUCCAAUAACACCGGAAAGACCCAAAAAGCAAGCAAAAGCUUCCCUUCAGAUGCAAAAACAGGCCGAGUUUGUAAAUGAUGAAAAUAAGGUUCCACUGCCAGCUUCUGCAGAUGCUACUGUCGAUUAUAUAUCUUCUGAAAAUCUAAAAGCCAUACCAGACCCUGAAUCCAAGAUCCAAGGCCUAAUUGAAGGCUUAAAUUCAAAGGACUGGACAAAGGUUUGCGAAUCGCUGAAUAAUGCUAGACGAUUUGCGCUUCAUCACUCCUCUCUCUUGCUCCCAAUCUUGGAAAAGGUAUUGUUGGUGGUGGUAAAGGCCAUGAAGAACCCAAGAAGUGCUUUGUGUAAGACCUCAAUAAUGGCUUCAUCUGAUAUUUUCAAUGCUUUUGGAGAUGAAUUACUUCACUUCACUACUGAUGCAUUUGACAACUUACUGUUGCAACUACUCCUCAAAGCUUCUCAAGAUAAAAGGUUUGUGUGUGAAGAAGCAGAAAGAGCAUUAGAUGCAAUGGUGAGGUCCAUGACUCCGCUGUCUCUGCUCCAUAAGCUCCAUGGUUGUGUUAGCCAUGCCAACCUUAGAGUCAGGGCCAAAGCUGCCAUGUGCAUCUCCAAAUCUGUCUCCGAUAUGGGCUUGGAAGAAAUGAAAGCGUUUGGACUGGUUUCCCUUGUACAAAUGGCUGCUGAUUUGUUGAAUGAUAGGCUGCCUGAGGCAAGAGAAGCAGCAAGAAACCUUGUUAUUUCUAUUUUCGAAGCAUAUACGGAAAAUGAAGAACAGAAGCAGGAGACGUGGCAAAACUUUUGCCAAUUCAAUUUGCCAACCAUUCACUCUCAGUCUAUUGUGAAAAUUACUAGUUCACAGUAGAAUUAGCCUAGUUGUACAAGGCAUGGUAGAAACUGCUUGACGGACAAAGAUGAAAACGAAGUUUAGUAGUAGGUCCAUUUCAUGUAAAUUCUAUUUUUGCAUGAAUCCAGUAAUAAAAACUAGUGAUAUUCUGCGCUAAUCACAUUAGCGUAUA